AUGUCUGAAACCACGACAGUCACGGCACCCCCGUUCCAGGUGGAGGGACACGGCAAUGGACAGGAGGGCACGGCGUACGGGAAGCUCAGAUAUGUCGCUGAUGGGCAUACACCAGAGCCAUCACCACAUAACUUCCACCUGCCAGCCAUCGCCGAGUUUAGCGAUAUCCGUCGCGUACACCUCCACAGCAUGCGACCCGUGCCAACGAUAGACCAACUACAAGCAUAUACGGAACACCCCCAACUCCCCACCCACGGGUUUACAGCAAUUGACCACGCAACGACUCUUCACUCCGCUCCGCACACCAUAUCCUCAUGGAAAGACCCCUCCCUUCUCGCGGCCCACUAUAUCCCAGAGACCGAAAGCAUGCUCAAGCGCCUAAUCGGCUGCCGCACCGUCAUCACCGAAACGCUCUUGCUCCGCUCCAAUCUGUGGUCUGAAUCCGACGCCCUCGCCCAGCACGCUGUGCAAGGCGAGGCCACACCCACCAAGACCGCCGAAGACGAAGCGGCUCAAGAACGCAAGCUUUCCGAGCUGGAGACUGGGUUCCCGCAGUUCAUCGGCUUCAAUCCGGCGCACGGUGGCGCGAGCCCGGCGCCAAAGAUCCACAUCGACUUCGCGCCGAGCGGGGCGCGCCUGCACGUGCGGAACUACCACCCCACCAUGACGGCGGCGGCGCGGGACAUCGUUGCCGCCGAGGACAAGCUUGUGGCGGAGGGCAAAGACCUCGCGGCGCACUACAAGAAUAGCGAGGGGCCGAGGUGGGCACUAUACUCUAUCUGGCGGCCGUUGAAGGUGGUGAAGCGGGAUCCAUUGGCACUGGGGGACCCAAGCACGUUCGCCGAGGGGGAUUUUGUCAGCUGCAAUAUCAGGAUGCCGUACUUGGGGAGGGAGGGCGUGGAGGAUGCGCACGACAGUGAGAGCUACGUGGCGAGGUACAGUGAUGGGCAGAAGUGGUAUUGGAUCGAGGAGCAGAGGCCCGAGGAAGUGCUGGUUAUAGGGUUGUGGGAUAGCAGUUUCGAGGAGCCUGGGAAGUUGGGCUUUGGCGGCACGUUUCAUAGUAGUGUUGACCUGGACGGGGCAGAGACAGAACAAGAGCCGCGGGAGUCGCUGGAACUCAGGUGUCUGGCCAUCUGGUAG